AUGCGCUCUACAAUUGUCUUUGCCCUGGGCGCUUUUGUCGCCGCUGUGGCCGCGGACCGUGAAAAUCCCUUCAACGUACCCCCUGGCGGCUAUCAAUUCCAGGCCAACAUUCCUACCACUCUCACCUGGAGGCCAACCACUUCUAGCACUGUCACUAUCAAACUGCAAAAGGCAGGCGAUAUUACCCCCUCCUCUGGCAUUGUUCUUGCUCGUAGGUACCCACUAUACUGUGAUAUGUUAAGCUCCCAAACCCCUAACUUCACCUCAGCCCAUAUUGCGAAUACUGGCUCCUUUGCCUUUGUUCCGCCCGCGAACCUUGGCCCGGGCUCCGACUACACCAUCCAGAUUGUCGAUGACAAGAACCCGGCGAACAUCAACUUUACCCCUCAGUUCGCAGUCUCCGGUACCACUGGUACUGGUACCGCCCUUACGGGUGCCCCAAGCCCAACUGCUUCUCCCUCAAGCUCUCCAACGCCUAGCUCCAGCUUGUCGAUGACGAUAAGCUCCAUGAUAUCCACCGUGUCUUCGAGAGUUAGCUCUAGCGCCCACUCUGCCUCCAGCUCGGCAUCUAGCACCAGCUCUUCCUCCUCGAGCAGCGCCAGACCCUCUUCCAGCAGCUCUUCGUCUUUGACCAGCACGACCGCUAGGCCAUCACAGACAGAGCAGGUACCGAAUCCCAACGGUGCCUCCUCUUUGGUCUUGCCUGGUAGUCUUUUGUCUGCUGUCUUUGGCUUGAUGGCCCUGCUGUAA